AUGGGAAUUAUCAUCGAAGGGGAUGCUUACCAUUCUGUAGGUCAAGAGUUAAAAAUUAUUUCCAAAAAUAUACACAAAACAAUCAAGAAACCCAUAUUGACGGAGCUCACCCAUGGACAAGACAUUUGCUUCUUAACUGAGACCACAAAAGAAAGCAACUUAUCUGCGUUGACUGAGUUUAAUUCGUACGCUACCAAUGAAGAUUCAUUAGCGACAAUUUUUUUAAGAAGAAAAUCAAGCAAUUUUAAAGUGGUUGAUUUCAACGUCUUGAAUCAUUUCAAGAAUGAUUACUCAGAUAGAGUGUCAACAGUUGUGUUAGGUAUCAACUCUACAAAAAUACUUUUAGUUUGUGUUUAUGGUCCAGUAUCAAAUUCUAGAAAGUCGACAUUUUACAAAACUGUACUUCAAGCUAUUACUGAUUAUGUGGAUGUUAACCCCGAUAUACAUGUUCUUUUAGCUGGUGAUCUAAAUUUAGUAGUGGAUCCUUGUUUGGAUAGUGCUGUUUUGAAUAAACAGCGUAGUCAUGAGAUGACAGCUACAAAACCCAUAAUGCGAUAUCGACACAAAUUGAAAAUAAUCGACUGUUUCAGAAAUCUUGACCAACGGAUUAUCUCAUUUACAUGCCAUACAGUAUUCAAUUGUCGAAGAAUUGACCAAAUUCUAAUUCCUAUAUUCUUACAUAAAAGAGUUAAAGAAUUUAAAGUUUUUUAUGAUGGAUUGGGUAAUCAUGAAAGAUUGCAAAUUAGAGUGGAUAUAAGUCCCCUAUUAAAACAAGAAGAAACCUUUGAGGAAACAAUACAAAAUAAUUAUCAAAAUAGAGUUAUUAGGUUUGGAGUAGAAGGCAAAUUAAAAGGUGAUUCUUGUUAUUGCUCCAGGAACAAUUUGGAUAAAAGUGCUUUUCAAUUAAAGGAACUAAUAUUCCAUCACCUAACUGAUCGUCCAAAGUCAUUCAAAAAGAAUUUAGAGUUUAAAAUCAAAGAAGACAAACUUACCGAAGGUUACUUGGAUGUUCUUGAAGAAGCGAUUACUGAAACUACUAUUGGUAACUCGGAGGAUAGUGAUCUUGUGGUUACUAAAAGAAAACGUCCAAUGGGUCACUCGAAUGACGAUACAAGACAACUGAAAAAACAAAGAGUUGAUGAGUACAAGGGUAGCGUAUAUUACCGCACGGGACAAGUAUUCAAGAAAUUGUCAGUAAUACCAAAUCCUUACAUUUGUACAUACAAGAAUUGUUCCAGAGAAUUUUCUUCUUCUAAAUCUUUUAGGUAUCAUGUUGAUGGUCAUACUGCAGACAGAAACUACGAGUGCAAAUAUAAAAGCUGUAAUGCUAAAUUCAAAAGACUGUCUGAUCGUAAUAUUCACAUGAAAAACGUACAUCGAACAGAAGAUUUGUUUGAAUGCUGCUAUCCAUUUUGUGCUAAGAAAUUUAAAGUUAAAAACCAAAGACGUUUCCAUCAUCUAUUAGUUCACCAAAAUUAUCGUCCUCUUAUAUGUUUGGAAUGUAAAUUCAAAUGUGCAUUCCCUUGUCAAUUACUAAAUCACCAUAAUGAAAUACACAAGAACAUAAGAAAGAAAAAAUGUAAUCAAUGUGGUGCCCGCUUCAAGAGGGAUGAACAUUUACUGAAUCAUUUAAAAAGAGUCCAUUACAAAAUACAGUCAUAUGCUUGUGAUGAGUGCCCAAAGUCAUUCACAACAGCACAGAGUCUACAACGACACAAGGAUGUUCAUAAACAAGUGUUUAAACACAAAUGCCCUCAGUGUCAAUACAAGUCUCACCAGCAUCAAAACUUGUUGAACCAUAUAAAAGCUGUUCAUAUUGGAACGUACGAUAUCCCAUGUAAAGAAAUUACGUGUAAUAGGAUGUUUAAAACCAAGUCUGAUGCUAAAAAACACCACGAUCAGGUUCACUUGGAUAUUCGUCCACACCCUUGCAAUCGAUGUGGAAAGAGAUUCAAAAGAACGGCACAUUUAAAGGAACAUUUGACAAGAUGUGGUUAA